CCGCUAUUUCAGACAUCUCUUUCUCCCCCUUUCUAGUAUCAACCCUAUCGACCAAACCCUCCAUAGAUCGAUCCAACAAAAUCAAAGAAUAAGCAAGCCAAGUCCGUGCGAGAUCGAAAUGGAAGACGAUCAGCGGAGACAAAGGAGAAAAACCAGAGGAAUGCAGUCUGAGGAGCGCGCUGAAGCACUCCGCAAGCUCAAAAUCCGCAGACAAGGCGGCGGCGCCGACAUUGGCGAAGAACGUUACAAAAUAAAGAUCGAUGAGCCAAUCUACGAUACUGUCGAUGACGAUGAGUACGAGAACCUCGUGGCCCAACGCCGUGAAGAUUUUAAAGGGUUUAUCGUGGACGACGACGGCCUUGGUUACGGGGACGAAGGCGAAGAAGUUGAUUGGACUAAAUCCGGCGUAAUUCCGUCCUCAGAAGAGGAAUCAGAAGGUGAAUUGGAGAAAAAGAAACCUAAGAAGAAAACGGAAAAGAAGGAACAUAAGAAGCCCUCUUUUGAAGCUGCAGCUGCUUUAAUGGGUAAGCAAAGGAUAUCUAACUUGUUUACUUCUGCCGUUUUCAAUAAGAGUAAGCCUUCAGUGGCGUCUUCCGAUAGUGUUCUUGAUGAUGUGCUUGCUGAAUUUGCACCGGACGAGAAUGAUAAAGAGAAACGGAGACGAGGAAACAAAAGAUCAUCCCAGAAUGGCACAGUUUUAGCACCAGCUGCUUUGAUUACCUCGAUUAAGACCGAAAAUACACCUGCAAGUGUGGUGCCUGUGAAUACUCUAUCGUCAAAUAGUUUGCAUAAACACGACGUAAUAGAAGAAGGGAAGGAAGUGCUAGAAUUUUCUAAAAAUGAAACAGAUUUGGGUGUUGUGGAGGAGCCACCGGUGGUGACAAGUGAAGUUGAAGCAUCUAAGGAUACUGGCGAACUGAAAGUUGAGCCAGUGAUGAAGGAGGCCGAUGGUUGGACUUUAAAUGCUAAAAUUAAAGUGGAAAAGGAUCCAACUUUCAGUGCAACAGCAGGAUUGCAGACGAACAUAAGCUCUGAUUUGAAUGCUGAGAUGGGUCCUGGUGUAUAUUCUGAUGAAAAACCACCAUUCGUGGUGGAACUUGAUGGAUCUCUUCCUUUCUACAUGCUCGAUGCAUAUGAGGAGUUUUCUGGUUCUAAUGCUGGCAAUAUCUAUCUAUUUGGGAAGGUGAAAGCAGGAAGUACUUAUCACAGCUGUUGUGUGGUCGUGAAGAAUAUGCAAAGAUGCAUGUAUGCUAUCCCAAACGGUCCUGUUUUUGAAGACUCUGUCAUUAUGAAUCUUGAGAAAGAUGUUGAAGAGUCAAAAAUAACACCUACAGCUUUUCACACCAAGCUUCAUGAGAUGGCAUCUGGAUUGAAGGCCAACAUAAAGAAACAAUUGCUUGAUCGAAAUGUUUCAAACUUUAGCAUGAAACCUGUCAAGAGAAAUUAUGCAUUUGAAAGAUCCGACAUAGAGCGCAAAGAGAAUUAUGUACUCAAAAUCAGCUAUCCAUUUAAGGAUCCACCACUUCCUUCAGAUCUUAAAGGAGAAACCUUUCGUGCUUUGCUUGGAACACAUAGCAGUGCUUUGGAGCUUUUUCUUAUCAAAAGAAAGAUAAAGGGACCUUCAUGGCUAUCACUUUCAAAAUUUACCACCUAUUCUACUGCUCAAACGUUGGAUUCCCCUAAGUACAUUAAAAUUGCAACCUCUUCAAAAAACACCGGAGAAAUUCCUCCUGUAGUUGUUACUGCAAUCAAUCUGAAAACUGUAAUAAAUCAAAAACAAAACAUAAACGAAAUUGCAUCUGCAUCUGUCAUCUGCUGUCAUAAGGCCAAGAUUGAUACACCAAUGUUGGCUUCAGAAUGGACAAAACCUGGAAUGUUGAGUCAUUUCACAGUUGUACGUAAGCUUGAAGAUGGUUUAUUUCCAAUGGGAUUUAACAAAGAAGCAGCAGAUAAAAACUUAAAAGCUGGAUCAAACAUCAUUAGCAUGGAAAGCAGUGAAAGAGCUUUAUUAAAUCGGUUAAUGAUUGAAUUACACAAAUUAGAUAGUGAUAUUCUUGUUGGCCACAACAUAUCUGGAUUUGACCUUGAUGUUCUUCUCAACAGAGUCAAGGCUUGCAAAGUUCCUAAUAGCAUGUGGUCAAAAAUAGGAAGACUUAAGAGGUCUGAGAUGCCUAGACUUAAUAAAGGAAAUACAGUUUUUGGGUCAGGGGCAAGUCCGGGAAUUAUGUCUUGCAUUGCUGGCAGGCUUUUAUGUGAUACCUUUUUGUGUUCUCGUGAUCUUUUAAAGGAGGUUAGUUAUUCAUUGACAGAACUUGCAAAGACUCAGUUAAGUAAGAAUCGAAAAGAGAUUGCUCCACAUGAUAUUCCUGGAAUGUUCCAAAGUUCUCAAACCCUAAUGGAACUUAUUGAAAUUGGGGAGACAGAUGCAUGGUUGUCAAUGGAGCUCAUGUUUCAUUUGAGUGUUCUUCCUCUCACACGACAACUGACUAAUAUUAGUGGCAAUUUAUGGGGAAAAACUCUUCAGGGUGCUAGAGCUCAAAGAGUGGAAUAUCUCUUGUUGCAUGCAUUCCAUGCUAAAAAAUUUAUGGUACCUGAUAGGUUUUAUACUCCAAAAGAAAACAAAACAGUAAAACGUAAAUCAGAUGGUCCAGAAGACAAAGUAAACAACGAUUUGGGUGAAAAUGACGAAAUCGCCCCUCCAGGAAAUGAGCCUGUAAAAUCCAAAAAAGCAGCUUCAUAUGCAGGUGGGCUUGUGUUGGAACCCAAAAAAGGUUUAUAUGAUAAAUACAUUUUACUUCUGGAUUUCAACAGUCUCUACCCUUCCAUUAUCCAGGAGUACAAUAUCUGCUUUACAACAGUAGAGAGAUCUGAAGAUGGUUUAGUUCCUCGAUUACCAUCUGCAAAAGCAACUGGAGUUUUACCCGAGUUACUCAAAAAUCUGGUUGAAAGAAGGAAACAUGUAAAAAGAUUAUUAAAGACAGCAUCAGGCCUCAAGUAUCAACAAUUUGACAUACAACAACAAGCAUUGAAACUAACAGCCAACAGUAUGUAUGGAUGCCUUGGUUUUUCCAGUUCAAGAUUCUAUGCAAAGCCACUUGCAGAACUUAUAACACUACAAGGGAGAGAGAUUUUACAAAGCACUGUUGAUCUUGUUCGCAACAAUCUAAACUUUGAUGUGAUUUAUGGUGACACUGAUUCAAUCAUGAUAUAUACUGGACUUGAUGAUAUCAAUAAAGCCAAAUCAAUCGCAGGAAAUAUCAUCAAAGAGGUGAACAAGAGAUACAAGAGAUUAGAAAUUGAUCUUGAUGGUGUAUACAAGAGAAUGCUGUUGCUUAAAAAGAAGAAGUAUGCAGCUGUGAAAGAGCAAAUAAGAGAUGGGAAAAUUUAUAAAGUUAUAGAGAGGAAAGGUCUGGAUAUGGUCAGACGUGACUGGAGUUUGUUAUCAAAGGAGACUGGAGAUUUCUGUCUUGAACAAAUAUUAUCUGAGCUGUCAUGUGAAGAAGUUGUUGAAGCAAUACACAACAAACUCAGAAAGGUACAAGAGGAUAUGAGGAAGGGAGAAAUAGGUUUGGAGAAAUAUAUCAUUACAAAAACGUUGACUAGACCUCCUGAAGCCUACCCAGAUGCCAAAAGUCAACCUCAUGUUGAAGUAGCACUCAGGCUGAGGAAACUAGGGUACACCAGUGGUUGCUCUGCUGGAGAUACAGUUCCUUAUAUAAUUUGCUGUGAGAAGGGGAAUGGUUUGAGUACAUCAGUAGGGAUUGCUCAACGUGCAAGACAUCCAGAUGAACUCACAAAGGAUAAUGAGAAUUUGAUGAUUGACAUUGACUAUUAUCUAGCACAACAGAUUCAUCCAGUAGUAUCGCGUCUAUGUGCAUCAAUUGAGGGUACAAGCCCAGCUACUUUAGCUGAUUGUUUAGGGCUUGAUCCUUCCAAGUUUCAAAGCAAAUCAAGUGAAGUCGCAAACAAUGAUCAUUCUGGCUCUGUUAUUUGCAUGACAGAUGAUGAAGAGAGAUACAGGGGGUGUGAGGCUUUAAAUAUAUCAUGUCCUGAUUGCUGUGUUAGUUUUAAGUGUCCAUCUGUACUGAGUUACAUACAAACAGUAGCCCUUGAAAAGCCACAAGACUUGCAAGAUGAAUCAACCAACACCACCACUACCUUUUGGCAGAAAUUCUGUUGCCCUAAAUGUCAAGUGGAACUCCCUCCAGCAUCAUUAGCCAAUCAGGUAAAAAGACGAGCUGAAUUGUUCAUAUCCACAUACUACAAAGGAUUUAUGACGUGUGAUGAUGAAACAUGUGACUACACAACACGGAGUUUAAACUUGCGUGUUGUUGGUGAAUCUGAGAGAGGAACAGUAUGCCCAAAUUACCCUCACUGUAAUGGCCGUCUUGUGAGACAGUAUUCGGAGGCUGAUGUGUACAAACAACUCUCUUACUUCUGUUAUCUCCUGGAUGCCGAUCGCUGCAUUGACAAGGUUGAUGCUAAGUUGAAGGCUGCAGUUGAGAAAGAGGUUGGUAGGAUAAGAGGUUUGGUUGGAUUAGCUUUUUCCACAGCACAGAAGGUUAGGGACAGGUGUGAUUAUGGUUGGGUCAAACUUAAUGAUCUUUUCGCCUCAAUUUAGUAAAACAAGGGAUUAGAGUUGAUUAAAAUUCAAAUCCCAUUUAAAGAAUACAAAUUGGCUUUCAAAUCAUGAUGAAGAAGCUAAGCUAACAGAGUUGUGGAUGAAGAUCUUAACAAGUAUUGGGAUUGGUAAGUCAAUGAUGUAUGUAUGUGUGGUACCUAGUUAUUUUAUGCAAAAAGAGUUUUUAGUUAUAAUGGACAUGAUCAAUUUUGUAUUUAUUGGUGUUGUGUUUACUCUAGUUUAUAGUUUACUUUUAAAAGGAAGAUUUAAUGUGCUAG